AUGAAACGAGCGGUUACAAAGUUCAUUUCUCUGCGGCAGAGUCUACUUGGUAACUCAGGUAGCGAUGCCUCGGAACCAGGACACCGACUAGACUUUAAUUCUGUCGACGAUUUUUACAUUUUGUUGGAUAAUCCUCAUAAAUCGUGGACUCCCGGUGACGAACUCUCGGGUCAGAUAAUAUUUAUUUCUAAGAAGAACCUUGCUAAUAUCAUCAUAACUUUGUCGCUUGUUGGCUACGUCAAGAUUAAUCCUUCGUCCCACUCGAAAUUACGCCUGGUAAAACGGUCAUUAUUCAAUCAUACAAUACGCAUUUAUGGCUCCGACGAUACUGUACGUACGGGCCAAGAAUACUCCAAUGGUUUGUACAAGGGAGAACAUCGGUUUCCUUUCAUUGUCAAGCUCCCAAACAAGAGAAUAUUCACCAGCAUUGAUUUUGGCAAGGGCCGAAUAGUGUACCUUUUGCGUGCAAAUGUAGGUGAUGCCAACUCUUCCAAUGUGGCCAGUAGCCCAGCCAGCCUAUCAUCUUCAUCACCUUCAGAAAAUGGCAGUUCACCAGCAUCAAACUUUACCAGGCAUAAGAGUUUCCGUUCGUUACAAAACUCAAGUUUUACGUCGGAAAAAAUCAUCAACAUCGUAAACCCUUUGGAUGUGUCCAAGUUACCUCCGCCACAACCAAAACGACUAAAGAUCAAGGAUCCUCGAAGAACGAAAAUGCUCGCACGGACACAGUCGUCAACUUCCACCAUCAACACCUUCAACACGGUUGGCACUGUCUCUUCGAACAACUCUGAUAACCAGGCUUCACUUCAUACCAAUACAGACCUGCCAUCCAACAACGCACCACUGGCUCAAGCACAAAACUCAACAACGUCUCCGGGAGAUACUUCAGACCCAGAAUCGAUCCGAUUGUCGCUUGAGGUUUCCCAGCGAGGGUUCUUGCGUGGUGAACUUAUCCCCAUCAAAAUGCACAUUAAUCAUCUUAAAAAGGUGCAAGAUGUGAACGGUAUAAUCAUUACGUUCGUGAGAGUUUGUAGGAUUGAAAAUGGUCCUGAUGGCCUUUUUGAUUCUUUCAGAAAAGAUCUUCAGCAACAAAUCGUUCCAUUAUACGUUGAUCCAACGACAUUUCUGUCAGAAAUCAGUACAAGCAUCAGAGUGCCAGCAGAUGCAUUCCCGACCAUCACUGGCUGUCCUUUAGUGAGUUUCCAGUACUUUCUAGAAGUUCUUAUCAAUCUUUCAGGAAAGUCGAUCUCGCUCGAUGAUAACGAUCACCCGAAACAAACCGUGCAAAUAAAUGAGACACCAAGCCAUACAUUCAUGGAAUCUGAGGCCAAGCAAUCGAACUUCAAGUUUAACUUUUCCCUCCCUUCAGCAAAUACAGUGAGUCCCAAGGAACGCUCUGGCUUCCUAAAUACUGACAAGUAUAAGCGAAUGAAGAAGUUUCUACAGCUAACGACGGAAAUAGUAAUUGGUACCCACAGACUGAACGAUCCUACAAGUGUGCCUGAGGGGUCUACAGAUCAAUUAUCGGCGUCUCGCCGGUCAUCACUCAUUGGUUCCAAUGUUUCUGGUAAUGGUUACAGCCCAUCUGACCGACAAUCGCCAUCACAGUCUUUGUUACCCAAUAUACCAGUUAACCGUGAAGACGCUAGUCCUGAAAUUAUGGAGACUCCUCCUUACACUGAUGGACAGCCAUCAUUCUCAGCGCCCAACUACUUGGAUAUUGUUGGCCCAUCUCACACUAACGAUCUCUUACCUUUACCCAAUACCAAUGGACAUUCUGAAAAGGAACGUAUGAGGAUUCACGAGGAGAGUUUGUUACCUUCUGAACCAAUUCUCGAUGAUAUUGACGAAGAUGAUAAAGAGACCAUUAGUCCGUUAAAUCAUGAUGCACUUUUUGAAUCUGAACCAGAUCAUAACGGGGGACAUUCACCUUACGAUGUAACGAUCUCAAAUGAUGACAACAACUUUAGUACUACCGCGGAUACACUUGAGGGCCACACUCGCCCAUACCAUGACGAUGACGACAGCUUGUACCAUUUACCUUCGAACACCAUGGAAAGUGCUCCAAGAUAUGAUAAUGCCACAAAAGAUACUCUUUUACAACAGGGUGAUCAUGAAGAACAACAUUAA